CAUUACGUUAACGGAAGUUGAUAUUUGCCUUCUUCUUUCUUUUUCCGUCUGUCAUUUGGCGGUUCGUGGCCUAUUCAAUCAGAAUUCAACCAUGCCUCCUAAAUUCGAUCCAACGGAAGUAAAAUUAGUUUACCUGCGUUGCGUGGGUGGAGAGGUAGGCGCCACUUCAUCGUUGGCCCCCAAAAUUGGUCCCCUCGGUCUGUCGCCCAAGAAAAUUGGAGAUGAUAUUGCCAAGGCUACCGGAGACUGGAAGGGUUUGAAGAUCACCGUUUGUCUGACCAUCCAAAACAGACAGGCUGCUAUCUCUGUUGUCCCUUCGGCCGCAUCCCUCAUUAUCAGGGCUCUGAAGGAACCCCCACGUGACAGAAAGAAGCAGAAGAACAUUAAACACAGUGGAAACAUCGGCUUCGAUGAUAUUCUGGCUAUUGCGAGAACUAUCAGACCUAGAUCUAUGGCCCGCGAAUUGAAGGGAACCUGCAAAGAAGUCUUGGGUACUGCUCAAAGUGUUGGUUGCACUGUUGAUGGAAAACAUCCUCAUGAUGUUAUUGAUGACAUCAACAAUGGCGCUCUUGAAGUCCCCGCAGAAUAAUCUGCGAUAGAUUAUUUUGAUACACAGUUAAUAAAUAAUACGUGUUGCAGCCCGUAAUUAAACCGUCA